CAUCGCAGUGCUGAGGCGUCACCACACCUUGGUUCGAUCCCAGGCUGUGCACAACCGCCGCGACCGGGAGAACUAUGAGGGGCACAGAUUUGCCCAGCGUCAUCCGGGUGCAGACAUAGUGCAAUGGCUGAUGAAGAACCUAGCCAUUGAUGAUCCUGCUGAGGCGAUGCAUAUCGGGAGUCUGAUUGCUGCUCAGGGAUAUUUCUUCCCCAUCUCUGAUCACGUCCUGUCACUCAAAGAUGAUGGAUCCUUCUAUCGCUUCCAGGCUCCAUAUUUCUGGCCUUCUAACUGCUGGGAACCAGAGAACACAGACUAUGGACAGUGUCCCCCAUCACUCCUGAAGAGCAUUAUAGCCACAGCUCUCAGAACAGUCACAACCAGGAGACCACUCAGCUCCAGUGGACACCUCCCUGGUCAAGAAAGAGCUUUCUGGGAUGUCCAUAGACCUGUGCCAGGUUGUGUGAACACCACAGAGAUGGACAUCAGGAAAUGCAGACGCAUGAGGAACCCACAGAGAGUCAAGAAGUCAGUGUAUGGUCUGAUAGACGAGGGCCAGUCUCAGAGCCCUGUACACACACCAUCACAAAUAGCCAGAAAAGGCACCAAAGCGGACGUGGAGAAGGAGGUACUUCUGUGUUCUUCCCAAUGUCCAUCUCUGAGUAUUGUCUGUUGUGUUGCUUUCAGUCUGAUGAGUUACACAGAGCAGUACCAGGAGUAUGACCCGUUUGUGAUGUCACCAGAACCUUCCAACCCCUGGACCAGUGACGACCUCUCAUUCUGGGACCUGGAAGCCAGUAACGACCCCAGUCAACAGAGGGUGAGGAAGUGGGGUUUCUCUCUAGAUGAAGCUCUGAAGGAUCCGGCAGGACGAGACCAGUUCCUCAAGUUCCUAGAAUCAGAGUUCAGCUCAGAGAACCUACAGUUCUGGUUGGCGGUGCAGGAUCUGAAGAGGCAGCCCCUGGAGAACGUGGCAGAGCGGGCUGAGGAGAUCUGGACAGAGUUUCUGGCAGAAGGCGCUUCCAGCUCCAUCAACCUGGACUCACACAGCUACGAACGCACCAGUGCCAACCUUAAAGACCCGGGACGAUACAGCUACGAAGACGCACAGGACCACAUCUAUAAGCUGAUGAAGAGUGACAGUUACACACGCUACCUGCGCUCCAGUGCUUACCAGAACCUUCUGAUGGCCAGGAAGAAGGUGUGUCUCUGUUUGCCUGGGGCAGACUGCAGUUAGACACCAGUCCUCAGCAUCCAACAUAGUGAAGUGCUGCCCUCUGUUGGAGAUUUCCAGGUUCUGC